AUGCUGCCGGAAUAUCCAACGUUGGUUAUAAAUAACGAAAUGAUGUGCAACACGUCAAACAGUUUGUAUAUCGGCGGCAAGGCGUCAAUUGCAGACGCGGCAAGCAACACGCGCAAGGAUAAUAUGGACCCGCAGCCAUCGAUUCAUCAACACCGACAGCGCCGACUACGACCGUUGCUUUUGCUCUUUUUCCUUUGCUACUUCGCCAGCAGCCAAGCUAAAAGGACUACACGUCGCCUGCCGCGCGAUGAGAUACACGAGUAUGCGAUACAUCACUACAACUAUGCCGAACGUGACGUGGAGGAGGCGAGCGGCAGCGUAGCAGAUUUGCAUGCGGAUGAAUCGAGACGCGUGGAAGUUCAGGUGCCAUCACCGAAGGGCAGCAAUAAUGGUGGCACAACACGGGACAAGCGUGGCACUAAGAAAAUUCGACAUAUCGUGCAUUUGGUUAAAACGGCACAGCAGAAGCGGAAGAAGCCAUUGACAACACCACGAAACAAUAACCAGCAGUAUCGUCAGCAAAAUGCAGUUGAUGGUGAUACAAAACCAUAUCACACCUACGAAGAGAUGCAUGAGCAUGUGAUGGAGGCAGCAGAAGAGCAGGAGUCCGCCCAAAAGCAUACCUAUGUGGCUUCGUCGGCGCAUGCGCAUACGUUCGGUUCAAAAGCCAAAGCACACGCGCAAAAUGAACCUCUACCGGAGGCUACUUCGGAUAGUUAUGCUACGCAUGCUUUUCUCAAACCACCAGAGGACCGCAAGGAACCGCAAGUUGAACCACACAUGAGUAGCACGGAGCAUCAUGAACAUGAAAUUCUCGAGGAAGAGGAGCAUCAUCAUGUUGAGAAAGUUAAGGUGAAGCAUCAUCAUCACCAUCAUCAUCAUAAUCAUGUUAAGGAAAUCAUUAAAAAAGUGCCCGAACCAUAUCCCGUCGAGAAGAUCGUACAUGUGCCUGUAGAGAAGAUUGUCGAAAAAUUGGUGCAUGUACCCAAACCUUAUCCGGUAGAGAAAAUUAUUGAGAAGAAGGUACCAUAUCCGGUAGAAAAGAUUGUUGAAAAGGUCGUUGAGAAGAAGAUACCAUAUCCGGUGGAAAAAAUUGUCGAAAAGAUCGUGCAUGUGCCGAUUGAAAAGAUUGUGCAUGUGCCAAAACCGUAUCCUGUAGAGAAAAUUGUCGAGAAAAAGGUACCGUAUCCAGUAGAAAAAAUAGUUGAAAAGAUUGUUGAGAAAAAGGUACCAUAUCCGGUUGAGAAAGUUGUUGAGAAAGUUGUACAUGUGCCGAAACCAUAUCCAGUUGAAAAAGUGGUUGAGAAAAUCGUCGAGAAGAAGAUUCAUGUACCUGUGGAAAAAAUUGUCGAGAAAGUUAUACAUAUACCCAAACCGUUUCCGGUAGAGAAAAUUGUUGAAAAGAUAGUGCAUAUACCAAAACCAUUCCCAGUGAUAAAGCACAUACCAUACCCAGUCGAAGUUAAAGUACCCGUGCACAUCGAAAAGCCGGUGCCAUAUCCAGUGGAGAAGAAAGUACACGUACCUUAUAGAGUCGAGGUGGAAAAGAAGGUGCCGGUACCUUAUAAAGUAGAAGUAGAAAAGAAAGUGCCCGUUUUUAUACACGCACCACAUGUGUCUCAUGAACCCUACAAGUUCGAACACAACGAACACGAGCACAAAGAGGAUGCACACGAGCAUCAUGAAGAGAAACACGAUUACGAAGAGCACAAACAUUUUGAACAUCAUGACCUCUCCGGAUAUCCCACCAAUCAGAAUGCCAAUUACGCCAGGUUACAACAACAGCAACCUAGGCAUAUAACAAAUGGCGCUAAAGCAGUGUUAGCUAAAGCGCAUACACCCGCAGCGGCUGCAGCGAUACGCGCCGAACUGCUGCACCAGCAAGUACAAAAUUUUGGAUAUAAAAUCGCCACCAGCACUACGCCAACGGAUCUAAAUCAAUCUUCUAGCGAAAAUAAACCGCAAAUUGUGCAUUUUGAGCCUAAACCGGAAAAUAAAUUCGGUGUUAAACAAUCUACACCGGCAACACCGUCAGAUCUCGAGCCAUCCGCCUCGGAAAACAAACCGGUCGUAACACAUUUUGAGCCAACGGCACUACCCUUUCGAAUACACGUAGAUGAUGGAGCGACAGCGGGAGAUGGCGGUUCAUCGUUAGGUGGACCAGCAACCGCCAAUGAUAUGCAAGCUCAGGCCAGCACUCAUAGUUUCCGUAUGCUGGCGCGUCUCCAACCUAUCGCGAUGCCACUGCAGGUAUAUCAAUUGCAUUCUAUGCCGUUCCAACAACCACUCGGUUUCUCAUUGCCUGCCAUACGAGCGGUAGUGCCGAGCAGCACGCCCUGA